GUAGAAACUGAAAAACCAUUGUUACCAUCUUCCAAGAACAUAUGUGCUGCAUGCUCAUAAAAUCCCUAUAAAUACUUGAGCCAGUUGAGCUAUAAGAAGCAAUUGAUAUCUAGAGAAAAAGUACAAGCAUUUUAUACAGUUUAGAUAUAGAGCAUUAGAGUUUUGUUAUUGAGCACAGUCAGUCGAUCAAUAUGGCUGAUCGUAGUACUAAUGGUUUCUUUUACUUCUUUCUUGCGAUUGUUUUAGUGUCAAUGGCAGCGAUUUCCUCAGACGCACUCUCGACAACUUUCUAUGAUAAGGCUUGUCCAGAGGCUCUUCCAACCAUUAAGAAAGUGGUUGCUGAUGCGGUGAACCGUGAGGGUCGUAUGGGUGCUUCUUUGCUUCGACUUCAUUUCCAUGAUUGUUUCGUUAAUGGUUGUGACGGAUCCGUUCUUCUUGAUAGCACGUCAACCAUUGAUGGCGAGAAGACUGCACUUGCCAAUAACAAUUCAAUAAGAGGAUUUGAAGUAGUUGACAGAAUCAAGUCAGAGGUGGACAGAGUCUGUGGUUACCAAGUUGUAUCUUGUGCCGAUAUCUUGGCCGUCGCUGCUCGCGACUCUGUUGUCCAGUUAGGAGGACAGACAUGGAAUGUAGAACUAGGUCGAAGAGAUUCAACCACAGCGAGAAGAACCGAUGCCAACAAUGCCUUACCAGCCCCUUUCAUGGACCUCCCGGCUCUCAAAACCAACUUCGAAAAUGCAGGUUUAGAUGAAACAGAUCUAGUUGCAUUAUCGGGUGGACAUGCAAUAGGACUCUCUCAGUGUACCAAGUUCAAAGUUCGAAUCUACAAUGAUUCAAACAUCGACACAUCAUUUGCUGCGAACCUAAAACCAAUGUGCCCUUCCUCCGGCGGUGACACCAGACUUUCUCCAUUAGAUCCUACACCUACCAAAUUCGAUACACAGUACUUUAGAAAUUUGGUGAAGCAAAGAGGAUUACUACACUCGGAUCAGGCUUUGUUUAACGGUGUAUCAACUGAUGCAUUGGUCAGGAAAUAUAGUACUAAUGCUGGUGCAUUUGCAGCUGAUUUCGGAAAGUCCAUGGUCAAAAUGGGAAGAAAUAGGCCAUUGGAAGGAAAUUCUGGACAAAUUCGUUUGAACUGCAGGAGGAUUAAUUAAAAGAUAAUCAGCGGAUUGAUUAUUUGGUUAAAAUUCUUUGCAUGUAUUUUUAUUUAUUUAUAUAUUUAUUUUCAAAACUUAGCUGGGCAAUUUGUUCCAGCUUCCAUCAAUAAAAGCACUAGCCAGAAUUGAAAUAAAACAACAAGAUAUGGCUUUGCCAGAAGACUCGGUCACAAUCCUCUUGAAGAUAGGGCUGAGUACUCUGUGGCCGACGCUACGAAUUUAGAUGAUUGUUUCUUGUGGAUUCCCUGUAUCUGUUGGAA